AUGGUCACCAUCUACUACUUCCCCAUGCAAGGCCGGGCGGAGGUGAUCAAGCUGCUGUGCGCCUAUGCGGGCGAGAAGUUCGAGGCUGUCGUCCACAGCUAUGAGGAGCAGAAGAGCAACCUGGACGCUUUCCCUUUCGGGCAGGCCCCCAGGCUGGUUGACGGCGAUGUGGACCUUGUCCAGUCAAACGCCUGCGUCCGCCACCUGGCGCGGAAGUUCAGGCUCUAUGGCGCCAGCGAGGCAGAGAUGGCCAAGCUGGUGCCCCAGGUCGCUGCGGGGGAAGGGGGUGGGAGGGGCCCUGACUCGCCCGAACAGGUCGACAUGAUCAUGGACGGCGUUGAGGACCUCAGGAACAAGUACACGGCCCUGAUCUACGCAGCCGAGGCCAAGGCGGCGUUCUGGGCAAAGCACUGCGACAAGGCCGCGCCGCUCACGCAGCCCAAUGACGGCGCGCACGCCAGGUACCUGGCACGGCUGCUGACCAAGGCCGGCGGCGAAUGGUUUGUCGGCGGCGGCGUCACCGCCGCUGACCUGGCGGUCUAUGACGUCAUCCACCUCCUGAUGCGCCCCGCGCUGUUCCCUGAGGAAUUCAGGGCCGCGUACCCCAAGCUGGCGGACCACCAUGACCGCGUUGAGGCGCUCAAGGGGGUCAAGGAAUACCUGGCAGGCCCUGACCGCCAGGCCAAGAUCAACUACAACGGCCUCGGGUGA